GGGAGGGAAUUACGGUCCUUAUGCCAGUGAAAGAAAAUAUAAGAAAGGGGGUUGCAUGUCUAUCCAAGGCCACCUUACAAACCUCAUCUGGGGUUUAUUUGGUUUUAGCUGGUGGGGUUGUCGAAGGCUCAUCCAGCUACCUAAACUUUUGCUUUGUUGGGUUUCAAGCCUUUUGUACUUGACACAAGAGAUGGGUGAACCAUUUGAGAAGUAUCGAACCAUAGCGGACUUUGGAUAUGAAUUUAAUGAAGAUAGGCAGCUCCGAAACAUUCAAGAUGGGUCACGCUUCCAGUUCAACUUCUAUAACAACAGGGGUCGUGACCAGCGGCGUUACGAGGCACUAGGAGAGGUCAUAACCGAGCAUGUGUACGAACUUCUGGAGAAGGAAUGUGGACUGGAAAAGCAUUACGUUCCUGUCGAAGCCAUCAAUGACAAUGAACCCUUCAGCUUCAUCUUCAUGAGCCCCGGGGCGCUGCAGCAGGAGAAGCUGCUGCUGCUCGUUCACGGGAGCGGAGUGGUGCGGGCCGGCCAGUGGGCUCGGAGGCUCAUCAUCAACGACUGCCUCGACUCCGGCACUCAGAUCCCCUACAUCAAGCGAGCCAUGGAGAAAGGGUACGGUGUCGUGGUCCUGAACACCAACGACAACCGCAUUGACGGAGAGAGGCUGGAGAGGGAGAGAAAGAGGAUGGAGGCUGCCAAGAAGGAUCCGCAGGCCGAAACCACGGAGAGCGAGGCUGUGAGCGACUUGGAGAACCUGGAGAAGGACAAGCAUGAGAGCGAUGUGGAAUCGGGGACUGGGAGACAGAUAUUGCAUCGGAAAUAUCACUACGUCAGGGAAAACGAAAACCCGGAGAAGCACAUGAAUUACGUGUGGGAGCACUUCGUGGACAAGUCCGUGGCAAAACAAAUCUUCAUCGUGGCUCACAGCUAUGGUGGCGUGGCCGUUGUGAAUCUGGUCAUCAAUAAUCCCGUUGUGCUGGACAGGUUAUCAGCUGUGGCAUUCACAGAUUCCGUCCACGGGUUUUAUGGCGGUAAUCGAAGAGUCUUAAACUGGUUUAAAAAGAACUCUGUCAACUGGGUGAGUAGUUCAGAGGAAUUGAACACCAGAAUUAUUGGAUAUAGAGAUGAAGACUGCAUGUUGUUGUCUGCUGGCACCAUGCAGCACGAAAUGACCUCAUAUUCUGCAUACGAGUCCGUCUUUAAAUACUUCGACGAUAAAUUGGAUAACCCCAACUACCAGCCUGGAAUGCACGAACGAGAUGUCCAGCUGGAGGUGAUGGAAGCGUCCAUGGCAGACUUUGAUGAUGAUGACGUGAUGAGCUUUGACCAUGGCGCACCGCACACUGAGAAGGGUGGCGAUGAGCCGGGCGUGAGAGACGAUGUCGCACGGAAGAGUGCGGAGGAGAACGAACGCGAUGAGGAACUGGGGGGGGACACGGAGGCAGAGUGUGCGGCGCCAGUGAGGGAGGACAAGAAGAGGUCCGGGUCACACAAGGAUGACAAGGAGGAGGAAGCUGGAACCAAGCUGAUGGAAGAGGAGGAGGAGGAGCAGGGGAUGAACCGGAGGAGAGAUUCGCAACCCACGAAGCCAGAGGUUAAAAGCGAGAGUGAUCACGAGGUCGACCGGACGGCGACGGCCGCAGAGGCUGCGACGGGCACAAACGACGACGGGGGGAGCGCCACGAUCCCAGACGCAGCCCCAACGCAAGCGGCGGGCGGCGACGAGGACGAUCCCAUGGAGCUGCAGACUGCGGCGAUGGCCGAGAAAAGCGUCGAAGCGGAGGAAACGGGAGGCAGCGACCCCGAGGUAAACGGCACCAAGGGAGGAGAGGCGAAGGCCGUCGACGUGGAGAUGCCGGUGCGCGGCUCAACUCCAGCCUCGUCCGCAGAGCACGGGAACGCCGAGAGGGUGGAGCAGGCAAAGGUGCAGCACGAGGCCCGCGGCCAGCUGGGGAUGCCGCAGCGGGAUGGCACGGCCAUGGAGACCAACGGGACCGAGAAGCGUGGUGAGCAUCGCGACGACGCCAGGAGACUGCCGGCUGCGGCUGGAAAAGGGAACGAGAAGGCGGGAGACGAGGAGACGGGGAACGCCGACGCAGAGACAGCCGCCGCUGACGGAGGCACGGGGACGGGCGAGGCCUCGAUGAUCGACCUCGGCGCGACAAAAGACGAGACGGACGCAGCUUCGGAGCCCGAGAGCCAGCAAGAGGAGACAGGCGGAACGGAGGAGGCAGAACUGUCGCUCCAUGAAGAUCUGUGAAGAGAGAGAGAGAGGAGGCCCUUCUGACGAUUCAUCACGAAAGUGUCAAACAGCCAAACGAGAGGACUCUUACGACUGAGGGUUUUUUUUUACGGUAUGAUGCCUGAGAUUGGAUAAUUGGUGUUUUGGUGGGUAAGGUUAAUGCGAUUCAGAUCACCGAUUGAUUGCAGGUAUUUGUUCUAAAUGUAACUUUUUAUCGAUGCCCCAGUGCAGAAUGUGUAUAAAGUUUUAUUCGGCAUGAGCCGUUGUAAUUUGCGGUGUAAAUUGGUGAACAUAUAUGAGCAUGGCCAUUCACUUCUUAAAGCCAGUGCGGCUGUUUAGAGUUUGGGUUCAAGUUUUUAAGUUUUUCAAGUUUCAUUUAUUAGGUAGAGCCCUGUGAGCCAUGCGGCUCUUGAGUCGGGUGCAACCGCAACAUACUAAAUAUCAACAGAGAAACAUCUUAAAGCGACGACGCGCAACAGAAACAUCCUGGGAUAAACCAGCACAUCUUCCAGAAAAGAAAACCCGUAUUACAACGCUGUGUGCAAAAAUCCCAGUGUGAUGCAAGUCAAACAAUAACAACCACAAGACAAUUUAGAUUAAAGUUAUCAGGCCAACUCCGCACUUCCGCAAGAAACGUGGCUUAACCAAAAACCCUUCAGCUUUGACACUGCAAGUAAAAACAUUUUCAGGGGGUAGGUUUAAUAUUGAAUGUUAACUUAUAGGGCAUGCAUUAACUAGAGCCUUACUUUUUUAACUGCAAUGUUAUUGUACAAAAAUGUGGUCUUACAAUGACGAGAAAAACAAAGACGACAACUCACGGGGCGGACGAAAGAAAUCCACGUUUAUCAACAAGAAUCUUCCCAAAAUUCCCGCUUUUUCAAGAAACGAAAAUGAAACGCUCGGCAUUGAACAGUAUUGUGACCCCCCCCCCCCUCCAAUUUAUUUACCAUUAACAUUUUUUUUCUAUUUUGCUUAUUAAUUCCUGUGUUCACACCCAUUGUCAU